AAAAAUGAACAACUUUUAUAAUCCUCUCCAAGCUACCUCUACGAAUCAACCAUCUCAGACAACUACUUCAAAUCCAUACGGAAAUUAUGGUACCAAUACAACAACAACAACUACACCUACUACUUCAGGUGGUAUGAUGAUGGGAGGUUCUAGUGUUGGAGGAUUUUCCUCUCCAUCCACUCCAACAACAGGCUACGGUUUUUAUAAUCCUGUUUCUUCUUCAUCUUCUUAUCAACCAUCGACAGGAACAAGUAGUGGUUUUUAUGAUCCGAGUUCUACCAUUCCAACAACAACAAAUACAUUUGGAUCAAGCCUUCCACCUCCUCCAACCGGAAACAGCUUUUUCAAUCCUACUACUUCUGCUUUAUCAAAGCCAGUUGGUCCACCACCAACAGAACUUAAAUUUGGAGAGAAUGUACAUGGUGCAGUAGGACAAUCUCAUCACCAACCACCAACUACAGGUGUUGUUCAACCUCCACCUCCAAGUGUUGGAAUUUCAGGAUCUGCUCUUCAAGGAUCAAGUGUUCAAUCUGAAUCAGCCUUUGAACAAGGACAUAAUUUCAUGGUUCAAGAUGUUAUUUCUCACAUGGGAACACUAACUUUAAAUCAACAACAAAACCAACAACCUUUUGUUCAAAUUGUACCUCCAAAUAAUAUGCCUCAACCAAAGGAUGCUGCCGAGUUACUUACCUCUCAUGUUUCUGGACAACCUGAUGUUGCUCCUCUCUAUCAAGCACAUUAUAAUCUUUUCAGAGAAAAAUAUGGAUCCACUGAAAAUAGACCAGCAAGUGAAGUUUUUAAAUUCCUGCAAAGUGAUGAAAACACAAUGAAAAUGAGUUGUAAUGCUGUUCCACAAAGUUUAGAACUUUUGAACAGAUAUGGCUUACCAUUUGGUUGUGUUUUAAAUCCAUUCUAUCAAAAGGAAGUACCAACCAUUGGAGGAAACUUUAUUGUUCGUUGUAACAAUUGUAGAACUUAUAUCAAUCCAUUUGUUCAAUUUAUCGAAUACGGAAACAAGUGGCAAUGUAACGUUUGUAAGAAUAUCAAUGAAGUUCCAAAGAGAUACUAUAGCCCAACUGAUAAUAAUGGUGUUAGACAAGACUUUUUCGAGAGACCUGAACUUGUCAAUGGUGUUUAUGAAUAUUUGGCACCACAAGAAUACAUGUCUCGUCCACCUCAACCACCAGCAUACUUAUUCUUGAUUGAUACCAGUUUCCAUAGUAUUAAUGGAGGACUUUUCCAAAGUGCUGUUAAGGCUAUCAAGAAUUGUUUGAAGGAAUUGAAAGAAAAAUCACCAAGAACCAUGGUUGGAAUUCUCUGUUUUGAUACCAAGAUUCACUUUUUCAAUUUGAGACCAACACUCUCAAAUCCUCAGCAAUUAGUUGUUGGUGAAUUGAAUGAAUCUCUCUUACCACUUCCUAACGAUUUGCUCGUCAACUUGGAAGAAAGCUAUCAUUUAGUUGAAAUUUUAUUGGACAAAUUGGAAUUGAUGUUUAAGGGAUCAACCAAUGCUGAAUGUUGUUUGGGAUCUGCUUUGAAUGCUGCUGGUAGAUUGAUCGGUAGAUUUGGAGGAAAGGUUUCCAUCUUCCUUUCUCAAUUGCCAACUAUUGGACCAAACAAACUCACCAAUCGUGAAAAUUUGAACGAUUACGGUAAUGAAAAGGCUGAAGCCAAAUUACUCCAACCAGCUGAUCAAAGCUAUAGAGAUUUUGCUCUCCUCUUCAAUAAGGAUCAAAUUUGUAUUGACUUGUAUUGUUAUUCAAUUCCAGAAUCACGUAACUCCUUCUUGGACAUUUCCACCAUUUCCAAUCUUUCUAAAUUUACUGGUGGUUGGUGUAAAUUGUACGAAUAUCCAGAUCAAUUAUCUCAUCAAUUGGCUUCUGAUUUGAAACAAAAUAUCAUUGAAGAAAUUACAGGAUUUGAAAGUGUUAUGAGAAUUAGAGUGAGCAGUGGUAUGAAGAUUGUUAACUUCUUUGGUAACUUCUUCAUUAGAGGUCACGACUUGAUGGCUUUACCAAACAUUUCUGGUACUCAAACUUUUGGUUUCCAAAUGGUUCACACUGGUGCAAUGCUUUCUACUCCUAAUGUCAGCGUUCAAGUUGCUGUAUUGUACACUUCUGAUCAAGGUCAAAGAAAGAUUCGUGUUUGUAACCUUCUUCUUCCAAUUACUACUUCAUUGUCUGUUCUCUAUAAUAGUACUCAAACUACUUGUUUAACUAAUUUGAUGGGUAAGAUUUUGGCUGCAGAUUUACCAAAGGAAGGUAUUACCAAUUCCAAGAACAUUCUCAUUGAUAAGUGGCUUAAGGGAGCUGUUGCUGGAUAUAAGACUGUUGCCAAUGUUGGAAGUAUGGGAAUUGUCAUGCCUACAGCUCUUCAAUACUUACCUCUUUUCAUUUGUGGACUUUCAAAGUCUGCCAUGCUUAUUGGUGGUAAGGAAGUUAGAGCUGAUGGUAGAAGUGCUGCUUCUUUAUUCUUCUCAUCAUGUUCUAUUCAACAAUCUACAUUGAUGGUUCACCCACUCAUGAUUAAUGUUUCACAAUUACUUGCUGAAGAAUCGGCCGAACAAGAAAAUGAUAAGCCAAAGGUUCUCAAAUUAGAACCUCUCUCCAGAAAGCUCAUUAAUCCAGACGAUGGUGUUUACUUGCUCUGUGAUGGUGUUGCUAUCUACAUUUGGUUAGGUAAGAAGCAAUGGGAUGGUGAUAGAGAAAAGUUCUUUGACUUGAUUCAUGAUUUGAACUUUAACAAAUUCUCUUUACAAGAAGAACCAAGCGAAGUGCCAUACUCUGAUGAUGCUCUCCUUACCAAAGUUUUUGAUUUGUGCGAACUUUUCAGAGUUCAACUCAAGUCAGAAAUGCCAGUCAGAAUUGCCAAUGCUAUUAAUGAAACUUCAAACAAUGAAAAAUUCAAGAAGGUACUUUUCAAUGAUUUCCACAGAACAUUCUUGAAGAAAUUGACGGAAGACAAGACUUUGCCUGUUACCAUGUCUUAUGCUGAUAUAAUUUCUUAUGUGAGCAAAUAAAUUUUGAAUUUUAUGUAAUUCUCUUU